ACAAAUGACGAUAAUUUAGCUCAGCUAUCAUACGAAUUACCGGACGAUAUGAGCCUAGACGGGGCGCUAGAAGCUGGAUCAGAAUUGAUGAGGAGCGUAGAAGAGGAUGAAAAGAUGCCUGAUAACGAGAAAGGUCAUCAUCAUAAUCUUACAACAACGCACAAACCGCGAACAACUCCUUCGAGUAAUUCCCAUAAAAACAGACCACAUCAUCACGACGAGCGAGUGAAGUCUCAAUCGGCUGAAUCUGCACCAGAAUCUGAGCCAGAAAGUGAACCAACCACUAAAUUCGUUGAUCAGAUUCAGUCGUCACUGAAAUCGUUACAAUCACCGUCACGAAAAGUUGCCGUCAUUGAUGAUCACGCCAGUGCUGAACGUAAACCAAAACGUGUGGAACCAUCGCUGUCAAAAUUGACGAAUGAACGGCGGAUAGCGGUUGAUCAGCAAAUAUCAACGGAAAGCGAUUUGGAUGAAAAUUCGGAAGCGACAGGUGAUCGCCACGAAACAACACACGGAAAAACUGAAAGUGCGUCAAAAACAUGGCCGAAUAGCGCAAUCGACUACUCAGAUGAGGACCAGCUCAUUGAGAAGCUCCUCCAAGAAGAAGAUACUGAGAAAGCACUCGCAAUGCUACUCGAUCGCAUGACUGCAGAGGCAGCAGAUAAACUGCACAGUGACAAUAACGAUAAGCAAGAACAGCAGAACAGUCAGAAAAAACCACAUUCUGGUGAACUCUUCCACAUACGAGUGAAAAAUCGACACUCCGCAACGUCCGCUGAAGAUGAAAAAUAUCGCAAAAUGACAAGUGAAAAUGAUCAUCAUGCGUUCUCGAAUAAGCUAUCAAUUCAGCCAUCGAUUUCAUUUGGUUCGCUUGCAGAGCUCGAUGAUGGCGCUGCAACAAAUGAGCACCAAAGAGGAACCUCAUCAAAUAGCGGUGAUCAAUCUCCACUGAAUGAAAUCGAAUCGUUGAGAGCUACUGUAAAGAAAAUGCAAGUAAGUUUUCUCGAACUCGAAUGA